CUUUAGACAGAAGACAAUUCCCGACAGGCGGGAAUUUGACACGCCGAAUAAUUCCGGGUCCCGGGUUUUAGACAUAAGACGGAUUUUACAUCUCGGUACCCGGAGUUGUAUAGACAACCGUAUUUCGUAUCCCGGUACCCGGAGUUUAGACAACUGUACUGUCGCACUAAAAAAAUGGCGGACAAACUUUCACACGUUUCAUCCUUCUCAGUUAAAGAGAUGUGUGAAUGGGUGGAUAGCAUCUCAAAAGAUCUCACAACCAUAUUUAAAGAUUUUUUGUUAUGCUGCAACAACUAUAUAUUAACAAAAAAGUCUAUGCUGUGGUUUCCUGGUGGGCCACCUCUCACCUUCCUGCCUUUCCCCAUGCCUGACGGAGACAGAAGACCGGGAAGCUGUCCAGACCAUGAGUGCUGUGGUGGUCACUUCCUCCCACCAAGCGAAGUCAUUGAAAAAAGGCUUAAGGGAGUCGAGUUGCCACCCUCUGACGUUUUACAGAGGGCACAUACAGAUGGCAGUACAGAUGCAGCCCUACUUAGUAAAGAGUGUACGCUUUUGUGA